CUACGACGGCAGAAAACGUGCGUGCGCGCGGUUGCGUUACGUCGUCGCGUUACGUUGAAAAGUUCGCGUGUGUGUUGAAUGGCAGUGCAGUGUCUGAAUCGAAGUAGCACGUGGAAGUGGGGCAAGAUCGGAUCGAUUGCCGCGUCGCGACAAAACCGGUGAUCGUCGUUGUCGUCAUCUUCGUCGUCGUCCUUGUCGUCUCAAGCAACAAACUGCCCGCCAUGAGAACCGCGUAUAUCCUCUCGUUGAUGAUGUCACCUCUUUUAAUAAUAAGUAGUCCGAACGCUAUCAGAGAGGGUGGUAUCAAAAUCACUGGCAGGACUCCACCUCCUAAAAGCACAGGUAGAGGCUAUUCAGGAGUUCAACUCGGCUCGGGUAGAAUUUCGAAUGCGACGAGGCAGCGGCCGUUUCCGACUACCACAACCACCACAAUCGCGCCGUCAUACGGAUUGCCGUCCAAGUCUUCUAUAACAAACAAUCAGUCAUUCGUCACUAAUCUCAAGGUGGGCAUGAUGGUGCCGCACAAAUCUUUCGGUACGAGGGAAUACACCAGAGCGGUCACCACCGCUAUAAACACGCUGCAAAGAAGCACGAGAGGCCCGAAGCUGGGACUUUUUGAGCGAUAUGAUCUGCACGUCAAGUUAGCAAUGAAGGAGCUGACACCAAGUCCGACCGCGAUUUUAGAUUCGCUUUGCAAGGACUUUCUUUCUGUGAACGUAUCGGCCAUCUUGUAUCUCAUGAACUAUGAGCAAUACGGACGUAGUACGGCCAGUGCUCAAUAUUUUCUCCAAUUGGCCGGUUACCUAGGAAUUCCUGUGAUCGCAUGGAACGCCGAUAACUCCGGUCUCGAGAGGCGGGCGUCACAGAGCAGCCUGCAGUUGCAGCUGGCGCCGUCGCUGGAACAUCAGACCGCGGCGAUGCUGAGUAUCCUGGAGAGAUACAAGUGGCAUCAGUUUAGCGUAGUCACCUCGCAAAUAGCUGGUCACGACGACUUCAUACAGGCGGUCAGAGAGAGAAUCUCCGACAUGCAGGACACAUUCAAGUUCACCAUACUGAGCGCCAUUCUGGUCACUCAACCGCAAGAUCUACUCGAGUUGGUCAACAGCGAAUCCCGAGUGAUGCUGCUCUACUCCACCCGGGAGGAAGCUACUCACAUCCUGACCGCUGCCAAGGAUUAUAAAAUUACUGGUGAAAAUUACGUGUGGGUUGUCACGCAGAGCGUUAUUGAAAAUCUACAGACCCCGAGCCAGUUCCCGGUCGGCAUGUUAGGCGUGCAUUUCGAUACGAGCAUGGAGAGCUUGGUAAGUGAGAUCACGACGGCAAUCAAGGUCUAUGCUUACGGUGUCGAGGACUUCGUCAACGAUCCGAAAAAUGCGAAUCGCAGCCUCAACACUCAGCUGAGCUGCGAGGGCGCCGGUGAAUCACGAUGGAGCACAGGGGAUCUGUUUUUCAAAUAUCUGAAAAACGUCUCGGUUGAGAGUGAUCAAGGAAAGCCGAAUGUCGAGUUCACUCAAGAUGGUGUCUUAAAAGCGGCGGAGUUGAAAAUUAUGAAUCUCCGACCGGGGGUUAGCAAGCAGCUUGUCUGGGAGGAGAUCGGCGUCUGGAAGUCUUGGGAAAAGGAAGGUUUGGACAUCAAGGACAUUGUUUGGCCGGGCAAUACUCAUACGCCUCCGCAAGGAGUGCCGGAAAAGUUUUAUCUUAAAAUAACUUUUCUAGAAGAACCACCCUAUAUCAAUCUUGCACCGCCCGAUCCUGUGACCGGAAAAUGUCUCGUCGAUCGCGGUGUACACUGUCGAGUGGCCAAGGAUUCCGAUAUGGCUGAAUUGGAUAUUGCAUCGGCACUGAAGAAUGAAAGCUUUUAUCAGUGCUGUAGCGGAUUUUGUAUCGAUCUGCUGCAGAAGUUUUCGGAGGAAAUCGGCUUCACUUACGAGCUCGUGAGGGUGGAGGAUGGCAAGUGGGGUACUUUAGAGAAUGGAAAAUGGAACGGUCUUAUAGCUGAUCUGGUCAACCGGAAGACCGACAUGGUGAUGACCUCUUUAAUGAUCAAUUCGGAAAGGGAAGCGGUGGUUGAUUUUACUAUUCCUUACAUGGAAACUGGUAUAGCCAUUGUUGUAGCAAAAAGAACAGGAAUAAUUUCACCCACCGCGUUUCUAGAACCGUUUGACACUGCAUCGUGGAUGCUGGUGGGUAUUGUCGCUAUACAUGCAGCGACAGUAAUGAUACUGUUUUUUGAGUGGGCAUCACCUUCCGGUUUCGACAUGAAGAAAAAUCCAUCAACGAACCACCGGUUUUCCUUUUGCCGCACGUACUGGCUGGUCUGGGCCGUAUUAUUUCAGGCUGCCGUCCAUAUCGAUUCUCCCAGAGGAUUUACAGCCAGAUUUAUGACGAACGUCUGGGCAUUAUUCGCCGUGGUGUUCCUCGCCAUUUACACUGCCAAUCUGGCUGCCUUUAUGAUCACGCGGGAAGAGUUUCACGAGUUCACCGGUGUGGACGAUCACAGACUCGCUAAACCGUUUUCGCACAAGCCCAUGUUCAAAUUCGGCACUAUACCGUGGAGUCACACGGACAGCACAUUAGCAAAAUACUUCAAGGAGAUGCACUCUUACAUGAGGGCCUUUAACAAGAGCAGCGUGGCGGAAGGUAUCGAAGCUGUCAUCACUGGAGAAAUGGAUGCCUUCAUUUAUGACGGCACGGUUCUGGAUUAUUUGGUCGCGCAAGACGAGGAUUGUCGAUUGCUAACGGUCGGGUCAUGGUACGCUAUGACCGGCUACGGUCUCGCGUUCUCCAGAAACUCAAAGUACCUACAAAUGUUCAACAAACGGCUAUUGGAUUAUAGAGAUAACGGAGAUCUCGAGCGAUUGAGAAGAUAUUGGAUGACCGGAACGUGUAAACCCGGGAAAGAAGUACAAAAGAGUAGCGAUCCACUCGCAUUGGAACAGUUCUUGAGCGCGUUUCUUUUGUUGAUGAUGGGUAUUCUCCUGGCGGCAGUCUUCCUACUUCUGGAACAUGUAUACUUUAAAUAUAUCAGGCAGCACCUGGCAAAAAGCGACGACGGUGGCACGUGCGCUAUUUUCAGCCUGAGCGUGGGGAAGUCCUUGACCUUUCGUGGCGCAGUGUAUGAGGCACAGGAUAUCCUGAGGCACCACAGAUGCAAGGACCCAAUCUGCGACACCCGCUUGUGGAAGGUCAAGUAUGAGCUCGACAUGGCCAAGAUCAGGAUACGGCAGCUAGAGAAGGAUCUCGAAGCUCACGGAAUAAAGCCGACUCAAACCAAGUACAUUGAUGCUGUCGAGGUCGCUCGUCCGAGAGAUAUGAGCAGGAAUCACGUGGUCAGCAAUGAAUACGCCGAAACGUUUUUACCCACAGAGAUUUACAGAAUCCCGGAUGAGGACACAACUAGGACGGAAAUUGCCGAAAUGGAAACAGUUCUGUGAUCGUAAAAGGAUCGGCUUCAGUCGCCCAGUCGUGCAACGCCGGAAGCGGAAGCGCCCUGGGACGUACUGACUGGCCCCUUGAAGACUCCAGUAAAACAACGCGAAAUUUAGAAAUUCGCGUCUCCUGUUGCUCCUGCCUCAAACAACGAGCCCCAUCUACGUCAACCUCUCGUUCGGCUGAUUUGCUGAUAUCGAUCUUUGGAGAGUGUCGUAGCGUGCGCGCGACUGCAUUACGGCGACAGAAAAAAAAGAAACAUCCGUAUGAUCUGUCAACGAUCGAGAGUCAAGAAACUGCGACUCGAAGAUGUUUCUGAUACAAGAGAAAGUGCAUUUGUUUUGAAAAUGUGUGUCACACUCCCGAGAAAUGUAUGUUUUAUGUCCUUUGGAUUAUAAGUGAUACUCGAAAAAGAAGUUAUCUCUUGUAUUCGCAUAUUGAUUACUGUGAAGAAAAACUGUUUUUUCAAAACCCACCGCAAGAACUGUUAAAUCUACAUAAUGCUCGAGAAGACACUCAUUAGCGUACCAAAUCUCUUUGAAUUUGAUUUUUAACGCAUAAUCGACGAUCAGAUAUCGUGUCAUGUCGAUACCGAAGCGUACACACUUCGUGUAGUUAAGCAAAAGAAAAAAAUUUUUUUCGAAAUUUCAACCUGUGCCUAACAUUGUCUGUGCAGUGUGCGGCGAUGAAUUGAUUUUGCCAAAAAAAAGAGAAUUAUCUUUUUUUCUCACAAUGGAAACAAUUUGUUGUCGCGUACUGUAUAUGGCUCGCAAUUAUAGAUCCUGGAGUAAUAAUCGAUUAGGUGUCUUGAAGUAUGAUUGAUGCCCUAAUUCAAUAAAAGCAAAUUAAAAGUUAAAAUCUUUUUGGAAUACUUCGAGAUACGAUUAUCUCAUCGAGGCAAUUUUCAUUAAAUUUUUUUUUUCUGCCAAAGUUUCAUGCAUUAUCAUAAUUACAAAUCGAUCAUUAGUAGAAAAAACAUUUCUAAGAAAAUGAAAAAUAAGUAUUAUAUUCUAUACGGGUAUUUUUAAAUGGAAUUUCCGCAAAAGCAACCACGUGCAAUUAGGGCAUUGCACAUCCAUGAGAAACUUUUUUUUAUUUAUUUUACUCAGAUUUUUCUUAACACUUUACAUGUUUUUACAUUUCUGUUU